GCUGCAGAGGCAAGAUGGCCACGUCGAGGCUGCUGGCGGGCCGAGCCCUGCGGCUGCUUUCCUCUUUCCUCCCGGGAGGGAGGGCGCCGGGCAGAUGUUUUCAGACUGAAAAUCAUGACUUGGCCCGCCUUGAAACCUCCUCUGCUAAAACUUUAAUGGACAUCGGAACUCGGAGGAUCUUCUCUUCAGAUCAUGAUAUCUUCCGGGAAAGUGUGAGAAAAUUCUUCCAGGAUGCCGUAGUUCCACAUCAUGGAGAAUGGGAGAAAGCUGGACAGGUAAGCCGAGAACUCUGGGAAAAAGCUGGACAACAGGGAUUGCUGGGUGUGAAUAUAUCGGAAGAACAUGGUGGCAUUGGAGGGGAUCUCUUUUCUACAGCAAUCGUUUGGGAAGAGCAAAUGUAUGUUAACUGUACAGGGCCAGGCUUCAGCCUUCACUCAGAUAUUGUUAUGCCCUACAUAGCAAACUACGGUUCGAAGGAGCAGAUUAAAAAGUUUAUUCCAGAAAUGGCAGCAGGCAGGUGUAUCGGUGCUAUAGCGAUGACAGAGCCUGGGGCUGGAAGUGAUUUGCAGGGCGUUCGAACGUUUGCAAAAAAAGAUGGGAGCGACUGGAUUCUAAAUGGCAGUAAGGUGUUCAUUACUAAUGGCUGGAUGAGUGAUGUAGUGAUUGUUGUUGCUGUUACCGACCGCGAGGCCCGCUCUCCUGCUCAUGGCAUUAGCCUCUUCCUAGUAGAAAAUGGAAUGAAAGGAUUCAUCAAAGGGCGUAAGCUUGAGAAAAUAGGACUUAAAGCACAGGACACAGCAGAGCUGUUUUUUGAAGAUGUCCGUCUGCCUGCCAGUGCCUUGCUUGGACAGGAGAACAAAGGCUUCUAUUAUCUAAUGUCAGAGCUUCCUCAGGAACGGCUAUUGAUUGCUGAUAUGGCUAUCGCCAGUUGUGAAUUCAUGUUUGAAGAAACUAGAAACUAUGUUAAGCAAAGGAAAGCGUUUCGAAAAACAAUUGCACAUUUACAGACCGUGCAGCACAAGCUGGCAGAACUGAAAACGGAAAUUUGUAUAGGUCGGACAUUUUUGGAUAGCUGUCUCUAUCUUCACUCAGGGAAACGCCUGGACUCAGCCACUGCUUCGAUGGCCAAGUACUGGGCUUCUGAUCUCCAAAACAACGUGGCUACUCAGUGCGUCCAGCUCCAUGGAGGUUGGGGAUAUAUGUGGGAGUAUCCAAUUGCAAAAUCUUUUGUAGACUCUCGUGUUCAGCCAAUCUAUGGUGGUACCAAUGAAAUAAUGAAAGAGCUCAUUGCUAGAGAUAUUGUGAGUGACAAGUAGGCAUAGAGUCAUGCUGAAGGAUAUUUCCUGAAUCCCAUUACUGAGCUAACAUGGAAUUAAUUGGUGCCCUGCCCCACAAAAAUGGGGAAGACAGCAUGAAGAAGAGCAAACACCAUUUAAAUGCUGUUAAAAUAUUAGUAAUAAGGAUUAUAUGUUUCUCUUAUUGACCCCUAAUGUUUAACCCAGAGUAACUGCUAAUGUUGUCUUCAUGUACUACGUAAUACAUAUUUGGAUAAUGAAUUCCAAAUUCUUUGUCAUCUAAAAUUGAUUCCUUUGACGCCUGAUGUAAUUUAUUCUAGUGCUAAACAGUCAGAAUUAAACACAUCGCAUACGUUUGUGUGUGUGGCUACAGUGGAAUGUGAGCCUAUUUCUGACACAUUUCCCUUUUUCUUUAGUAUAGCUGUUAUAGCAAUCCUCAGGGCUAUAUUUGUGUAUAAUUCCAGAAAGCAUUAAUCAAACAUGACAGAAGUGGGCAGAUAUCUUCUAAUGUUAAGCAAUUGCACAAGGGUAUUUUUAAAAGUUCACUUGAAACAAAUGUUGGCUUAUUUCAACUUGCACCUAUUAUGUAUAGAACAAUAAAUGAAAAUAAAUAAAUACCACAACAGUAA